GAAUCGCACGAUUGGAUGAGGGUGGGCGUUGUGCGCGAGGGGCAGGGGCAGGGGGAGAGAGUCCUACCUCACGCUUCGGAGGAUCGUCAAGUCGCGGGCUUGUAUAAAAGCAUCGUCAAGUCCGAGUCGCUCUCAGAACUACCCUCGUCUUUUGCCCAGAUAACAACAGGACAAAUCGUGCCCUGCUACUCGUUUGGAUCGCUGCUCGAUCUGCGAAAAAGCGUGUCGUUAAAAAUGCAGAGAGGAAUAAUCGCGUGGCUGACAUUGGCGACUGUGGCCAUUGUCACUGUCAUGGUGGCCGUCGAGGCUGUACCGUACGAGCGUCCGUUGUACUGGGACCAACUGGAGGACGAGGAUCCGGCAGCAUUGAUGGACUGGUUCAUAAAAAUCGGUUUGAUACGUGGACGUGACCCAGAAAAUAUCAAGCGAGGUCUGGAUUUGGGGCUGAGCAGAGGCUUCAGCGGUUCCCAAGCAGCGAAACAUUUGAUGGGAUUGGCAGCAGCCAACUAUGCCGGUGGCCCAGGAAGGAGGCGUCGCUCCGAACAGGCGUAAAAACCGAACAUCUCCUGACGACAAGAAGUUGAAACAGAAGGAAGAGAACAACCAAAUAAAAGAUAAAAAGAUAAAACGAUAAAAACAAAAAUUAAUAUAGUCGCUAAAACUGUCUUAUCCUAAAUUAGGCGGAAAAUCGCUCAAUUCUUUUCCAUUAUCUUCCCACGUAGAACACUCGAAAUGAAGAGAAUUAUAAAAAUAAUAAUUAGCACUCGUAUUUCGAUGGCGGAGCUCAUUUCGAAUUAGAAGCACUCCGACAUUUCCAUUUUGCACACGCAUACACACAUCUCGAGACUCGAUUCUCCUCUGCGGACAAAUAUGCCCAAGUGAAUUAUGUAUUUUUUUAUAGUCUGCAACGUUUCAACGCUAUUCUUUCUUUGUUUAUCUUCACUUCAAUUUUUCAUCGUCUAUACGUUAUUCGGCCAAAUUUUCGCCAUCGCGUUUACAUUUUAAUUUAUUAAUUUUGAGCACCUUUUUUCUUUGUGUUUCCGUCUCAAUAAUUUUGGCAAUUUACCAACCUUCGAACGAGGAAAAAUUAUUUUUAACGAGCUUAUCUUAUUUUCGAGAGUGUUUUCGAUUUUUCAAUAUUUUUUAUCUCUAAUUUCGUGUUCAUCGGAUUACUCCACGAUACGAAAAGUCAAGGAAUUUUAUUUCUCACUCUCGCAGCCAAAUUUGUCCGAUUUGUCGACCAUUUCCACUUCGAUGGUCUCCGAUAAUUCUCCAAUCUUAAUGUCUCUGUCUAUAAUUAGGCGUAUAGAUUGUGCGUGAAGUACCGAUUAUUUUAGGCCGCUCGACGAACGAACGUCGAGGAGAAAAGUUCGAGAAAAAGUGAUUUUUACGUUUAAAGAUUUAAAAAAUAUGAGCGAGAGAAGUGGCAGAAUUUCUGUAUUCCAAAAUUCCUCAAAUUAUUCUACUCCCUCCUCUCUCUCUCUCUCUCCCCGCGUCUCCGCGAUUGCUAAUAAAAUUCACCAUUUUUCAUACGAAUUCCCCGUCUCGAUACCGCGGAAGGUGCUUAACUCGUGCAAACUGAAAUUCUCUCCCGGGAGAUAACAAUUUUUUAAUGAGUUGCUUCGCCAAACAUGAGGGAACAAAAAACACGUGUGUGACGUAAAGAAUUUAGAUAAUUUUUCGGGAGACUCAAGACUCGUCCACUUUCUCGUACGUAAUAGAAAAUACUGCGAAUACUAGUCGAACAGUAAUUCAACUAUUUUUCGAGACAGCAGAAAGAGAGAGAGAGAGAGAGAAAAAUGUUAUUCAUUGAAAAACUAAAAUACACCGUAAAGAAAUUAAAUGUUAUUGAUAUAUUCCUGCUGAGAGUAACAAGAAUCUUUAGUCGUAUGGAAACAUCCAAAGUUCCAAAAAAAGCUCGAACGUUCGAAAGAUAUUUGCCAGUGCAGCAAUUUUAAACGAGACGUAAUUGUACGAUCGAGUUGAUGUGGUUCAUUGCUGUAUUCAAUCAUUAAAUAAAUACUCAAUGUGUAUUAGAUGAUAAAAUAAAUAUACAUAAAUAUAUAUGAAAAAAAAAUUGUAAAGACUUGACAAAAAGAAACAUGGAUCGAGAAAAUAUGGAGGAAAGGUGAGAAAAACCGUGCGCUCUGUGUACCGUACAAUGUACAACGUCUUCUGUCAUAUUCUAUUAUCCGUAAUAAAUGUUACUUUAACCCAUCGA